AUGGCUUGUUUGAUCCCUCUUUCACUCAGCACCGAGUGCCAGGGAAAACGAUACAGCUUGUUUCCCUCCGCUGACCAGGAAGGACCGCGUCGCUUUAACGGAGCGUCGUCGACUCCGCAGCCGCAAAAUGCGCCGAGAGCUCGCAUUCAACCUCAACCUAGACAACAGUCGCAGCCUCAGCGACUACCACAGCAACAACAAAAGCAGCAGGAGGCAAGGGGGGAUUUGAAAUCUGCUCCGCGGGGAAUCGCACACUGGAAGUUGACUCUGCGUGACAUCAAGCGAGAGUAUAUCAAUGGGCACUUCAGACGAUGUACUACUCACUGCCAUCAGAUUCUUGAGAAUGACGACAAGCUUUGCAAAGCAAACCCAGUUCAUCUACUCUACUUGCACUUUUACGCCGCCGCCUCGCUUGAGAUGCAAGCUCGCGCCAUCCAUCAAUCCUCACCACACCGCGCUUCGCUGCUGAGACAAUCGUACGUGCACUACAGUGCUGCUUCAGAUGCUGCGAAACAGGCUGAGGGAAGCACGAGCCGGGUCCCCCCAAGGCUGGUUACCUCUUUUUCAAGCCUUCACUCGGCCUCAGAGUCGAGCGCAUCAGGGUCAACCGUGUCUACAAGAAUGUCAUCUCCAGCACCAUCCCUGGGCUCUGCAGAGGAUGUCUUCAAACCACAUCCACGCACUUCACCCUGUGCAUCAAAGAAGAAGAAAGUCUCAUUCUGCGACCAGCUCAUCUUCGAACCCAUCAUUCGGCCGGACAGCCCUACACUUGGCUUUGACGAGUGUUUGCGUCGAUCCUCCCUGGAGCCAGUUUAUCCGGAAUCCAUCCUCAAGAACGCCCAGCCAACCCCGCCUGCGGCGUUCCUAGUUGAGGAUUUGCCUUUGGGCCCAGAGCCCGGCGAGCCCGACGACGCCGACCCGUUCUAUCACGCCAGAUCCAUUCAUCGCUUCUGCACCAUCCUCAGCAGCAUCCGUCGACAAAUCACAUCGCACAUGACUACUCUCGACAUCGAAAUGGCAGCUUGCCGGAUCCCUUCAACCUUGACGCCCAUCAGUGAAGAGAUGAGAAACCUGGAUAUCAAGGCCCGCAUUGAGCGCUUGCGAGCAUGCGGCUGGAACCGACCCCGUUUCGACGCCAAGCGGUAUGAAACGCUGCGCGAAAAUGCCUUGGCUGAUAUGAUGCAGUAA